CAACCAGCUCCUCUCAACAGCCCUCCCCACACCAGUCUCAGACACCACCAUGUACGGCUCCUGCUGCGGAUCCACCUUCUCCUCCCUGAGCUGCGGGGGAGGCUGCUGCCAGCCCUGCUGCUGCCGCGACCCCUGCUGCUGCCGCCCCGUGACCUGCCAGACCACCGUGUGCCGCCCCGUGACCUGCGUGCCCCGCUGCACGCGCCCCAUCUGCGAGCCCUGCCGCCGCCCAGUGUGCUGCGACCCCUGCUGCCUGCAGGAAGGCUGCUGCCGCCCCAUCACCUGCUGCCCCACGUCGUGCACCUCUGUGGUCUGCAGGCCCUGCUGCUGGACCACCACCUGCUGCCAGCCUGUGUCAGUGCAGUCCCCCUGCUGCCGGCCCCCCUGCGGCCAGCCGGCCCCUUGCAGCACCACCUGCAGGACCUCCCCCUGCUGCUGAGCAGUACACUGACUGCCUGGAGCACGCAAGUCACCUUCUGAAAAAGCCACACUCCCAUUUCUCUGCCUAACAAACCUCCUGCCCUGAGCCUGCAAGAUCCCACAUCAACCAAGCUGGGACCGAGAACCGGGCUCAUCUAUUAAAACCUGGGCCAUUCUGCAGCCUUUGUAAAAGCAAUUUCCUUCCUCCCAUCUAAGAUUUUGUGGCAUGUUUCCUUUCUAAUAAAUAUCUGUUCUUUGACCUUGCAAAAA